CUUCCUCCAACCUGCGCCGCUACAACAUGGCUCCGCGUCUGUGCAGCAUCUCUGCAGCGGCGCGGCGGGUGCUGGGGAGCCCGGGACCCCGCGCAGGGGACGUCGCGGCUGCGGCUGCGACGCGUUUCUAUUCCAAGGACAAUGAAGGCAGCUGGUUUCGGUCCCUCUUUGUCCACAAGGUGGAUCCUCGGAAGGAUGCCCACUCCACCCUGCUGUCCAAGAAGGAGACCAGCAACCUCUAUAAGAUACAAUUUCACAAUGUGAAGCCUGAGUGUCUGGAUGCCUACAACAGCCUGACGGAGGCUGUGCUGCCUAAGCUGCACCUAGAUGAGGACUAUCCCUGCUCACUUGUGGGCAACUGGAACACAUGGUAUGGGGAGCAGGACCAGGCAGUGCACCUGUGGAGAUUCUCAGGUGGAUACCCAGCCCUCAUGGACUGCAUGAACAAGCUCAAAAACAACAAGGAGUAUCUGGAGUUCCGAAAGGAGCGGAGCUGUAUGCUGCUGUCUAGGAGAAACCAGUUGCUCCUGGAGUUUAGCUUCUGGAAUGAGCCACAGCCUAGAGCGGGCCCCAAUAUCUAUGAACUGAGAACAUACAAGCUCAAGCCAGGAACCAUGAUUGAGUGGGGGAACAACUGGGCUCGGGCCAUCAAGUACCGACAGGAGAACCAGGAGGCAGUGGGCGGCUUCUUCUCACAGAUAGGAGAGCUCUACGUUGUGCACCACCUCUGGGCUUAUAAAGACCUGCAGUCUCGGGAGGAGACUCGAAAUGCUGCCUGGAGGAAGAGGGGCUGGGAUGAAAAUGUCUACUACACAGUCCCCUUGGUGCGACACAUGGAGUCUCGGAUCAUGAUCCCCUUGAAGAUUUCGCCUCUACAAUGAUGCUGCUGAUGGCUCUAGCUCCUUCCCCUUCUCCCUCAAGGCAGCCAGGACAGAGGAGUUCCUAGUCCUGAUUUCUCUUGGCUCUGGGAAGACUCUGAAGGGUAGUGCACAGCUCAGACAAAGAUGACAAGGCUCUGAGGACUUAAGCUCUGUCCAGAUCCAUCCUUCCCUAAGCCUUUCCACUCACCUCUUUCCCCUCUGCUGGUAGUUUCUAAUUUCCCUAAAUGAAGAAUAGCAACCUUUUAGGACUUCUCACAUUUCUCUCCGAGAUUCCUCAUAAUCAAGGCCACCAGUCCCAGGUAUCAGCAUGGAAACCCUUGGGUUAGCAUAGUUGCACAGAAGGUAGUGUGAAGGGAGGAGGUCAGACCAGGCCAGGCCUUGAGGAAUUCCCUGAUCUCCACUGUGCCAUCCUUACUGCAUAAGCAAAGAUUGAGUCAAGUCCCACUUGUUGGGGGGAAGCCUGGUAUUGCCAUAAACCCUCAAAUCUUAAAGGUUAGAAUGAAAUCCAGAAUCUAUCCGGAGAGGCUGGGAAAAGGGAUUGGAGCAGGAUUGAUCUGGGAGCAAGAGACAGACAUGAAACAGAAACCCAGAAACUAGAACUUAGAACUCAAGAGAACUUGCACAAUUUGUAAAACAGAACUGGGAAGAUAGAAUAGAGGUGACCAAUUGGCAAGAAGGUCCAUAAUACUACAUAGAGAAGCUUAUCUGGGAUUGAGAACUUAAAUAUGUAGUUCCAGCCCUUCUCCUGCCCUCCCUCCUUCCUGCAGGCAAAACUACAGGACAGGGCCUGUAUUUCCCUCAUCCAGCAUUCCUUUUCCCUUACUUGACAUUCAUUAUACAGGGCCUGAAGCCUGUGGAGUAGGGUCAGUGACUCUGGGGACCUCCUCAGUGACCCCCAUACCUCAUGAACCCUUGGGUAGCCUGAAUCUGCCUCCUUACCAGGAAAAUGUGCUGGAGUUGCUGA